AUGGAGAGCAGACCUAAAAAGAAGCAAGUUGAGCCAGGCCCAGAGUUGCCUACUGAUGAAUCUCAGGCUGGAGUUUCUUAUGUUGACUUUGAAUAACUCUAACAAGUUGACUAAGACCAUUUAGCUUCUAACACUGAUGGCUUUAUGAGUUCCCUCCUUGAAUCUGCAAGUAGUGAUGAUUGGAAAGCAUAGUAUGAAGCAAUCAAUACUUUGAGAUCCCUGAACAGAUAUAACACUGAAGUACUUGUAGCCUAUCUAGAUCAGUUUAGUAAAUUUGUGAGAAGUUAGGUCGACAAUCUUCGAUCUAACCUUUCAAAAAACUCUUUGCUGUUUUUAAAGGAAUUCAGUGCAAACAAGCAAGUAGAUCAUGCAAAAAUCAGUGGCUUCAUAGCUCAUGUUUAUCCUGUGGCUUUGAUUAAAACAAUAUAUGAGAAAAACUUCAUAGUUGUUGAAGCUAAGCAAACAUUUGCCAAUGCUGUAGAGAACUUACUGUUCCCAGAGCUUAUCGAUACAUUGGUUGAAGGAUGCAGAGCUAAAAUCAUCACAUUAGCUGAGCAUUCAAUUGGAUAUUUGACUACUCUUGUGAAAAACUUUGAUCCAGAGUAUUUCAACUAAGGCUCAUAGUCAGUCUCACUGUCUGGCUUGAUUAAUCAACUCUAUCAGGAAUAUGAAGGCAAGAGAAUGAAGAUGAAAAAGGGUGCAGAAUCUGUCUUUUCAGAUAUCAAGGAUAAAAUUGGAAAAGAAAGAAUAGAAGGAGUUCUUAUUGAUAUCUUUAGCAGUCAAGAGAAUGCCAAGGAAAGGAGUGAUAAGAUCAUGAAACUUUUUGAGGAAAAAACUGUGAAGCAAGCUGAUAAGAGUAAAGAUUUCAGAAGUUUCUUGAAACAGCAAAAGCAGCAAGCUGUAAAGGAUGAGGAUGAAAAUAUGCUGUAAUGA